AGCCGCCGCCGUCGCCGAAGAGGGAGCGCAGCUCUGCACGGUCGCUCGCCAUGUCCGUGCCUCGGCCGUCACGCGCCGCACUGCUGCUGCUCGUCCCGCUCCUCGCCCUCUCCGCUGGCGCCUCCGACGUGGUGGAGCUCAGUGACGCCGACUUCGAGAGCGGCCUGGCCGAGCGCCCAGGACUGGUGCUCGUGGAGUUCUUCGCGCCCUGGUGCGGGCACUGCAAGCGGCUGGCGCCGGAAUAUGAGGCGGCUGCGACCAGACUGAAGGGGAUCGUCCCGCUCGUGAAGGUUGACUGUACAGCAAAUUCAAACACCUGCAACAAGUAUGGAGUCAGUGGAUAUCCCACCCUGAAGAUUUUUCGAGAUGGCGAAGAGUCAGGAACCUAUGAUGGACCCAGGACAGCAGAUGGAAUUGUCAGUCAUCUCAAGAAACAGGCGGGACCUGCUUCAGUGGCUCUCAGUUCUGUGGCUGAUUUUGAGAAGUUCAUUGGUGAUAAAGACGCUUCUGUAGUGGGCUUCUUUAGAGAUGCUUCUGGCGAUGCUUAUUCUGAAUUCAUGAAAGCUGCCAACAACUUAAGAGACAACUACCGUUUUGCACACACCAGUGAGGAGCAGUUGGUGCAGAAGUAUGAGGAAGAUGGAGAGGGUGUAGUCCUGUACCGACCUUCACGGCUGGCAAACAAGUUUGAGGACAGCACUGUCAAGUACACUGAAGACAAAAUCACCAGUGCAAAGAUCAAGAAAUUUAUCCAGGAGAAUAUCUUUGGUAUCUGUCCACAUAUGACUGAAGACAACAAAGACUUGAUCCAAGGGAAGGACUUGUUGGUGGCAUACUAUGAUGUGGACUAUGAGAAGAAUGCAAAGGGCUCCAACUACUGGCGCAACCGAGUUAUGAUGAUUGCAAAGAAGUUCUUGGAUGCUGGUCACAAACUGUCAUUUGCUGUUGCUAGCCGGAAAACCUUUGGCCAUGAGCUGUCAGAAUUUGGUCUAGACAACAGCGUGGGUGAGGCUCCUGUUGUUGCCAUCAGAACAGCUAAAGGAGAUAAAUUUGUCAUGCAGGAAGAAUUCUCCCGUGAUGGAAAGGCUCUGGAGAGAUUCUUGCAAGAUUACUUUGAUGGCAACUUGAAAAAGUACCUGAAAUCAGAGCCUGUCCCUGAAAACAACGAUGGCCCUGUGAAGGUGGUGGUUGCUGAGAACUUUGAUGAAAUUGUUAAUGCAGAAGACAAAGAUGUCCUGAUAGAGUUUUAUGCACCCUGGUGUGGCCAUUGCAAGAAUCUGGAGCCCAAAUACAAAGAGUUGGGAGAGAAGCUCAGUAAAGAUCCCAAUAUUGUCAUUGCCAAAAUGGAUGCUACAGCCAAUGAUGUGCCUUCUCCAUAUGAAGUCAGAGGCUUCCCCACCAUCUAUUUCGCUCCAGCUGGCAAGAAGCAAAGUCCAAAGAAGUAUGAGGGUGGCAGAGAAGUGAGUGACUUCAUCAGCUACUUGAAGCGGGAGGCAACCAGCACUCCUGUGCUGCAGGAGGAAGAUAAAGCCAAGAAAUCCAAGAAGAAGGCAAAGGAGGAUUUGUAAAGUACCCACUCACCAUCGUGUCAGGAUGGGCUCUGUGUGAAUUGGGGAAGCACUGGGCAGACUGGGGCCAGUUCUGGGGUGUGAGAGCCAAUGACUACGCGGGCUGAGGGGCUCCAGCUGCUGUGUCUAGUUCUGUUUAAUUUCCUGCUGCCUCUUAGCUGCACUGUUGUGGGGCUCCCCAGAUUGGUUUGUUUUGUGGUUUGGGAGGGGGUGGGGAGGGUAGGGUCAUUUUCUAAUUUUUUUUUUUUGUACAUUUGGAGAAGUGAAACAAUAAAAUGACCCCCUUAAA